AUCCUAUAUAACAAACAAUUCAAAUUGCUUUUCACUGAAAUUUUAGACAAUUUUAGUCACGUGAUUGAGAAACUCCAAUGAAAUUUUAAUCAGUUUAACCUUAACUUUACCGCGUAUUAUGCAUCUAUAAUCAUGGCAUCAAUUGAUUCAGUGUUAAAGAAAAGUUAAAAAUAGUUGAAUAUAUAUUAUUUUACAUUCGUGUUCGUUUAUAGUUCGAUAAAUAAUUACUAGGAAUAAUUAUACAAAAUAAUAUAGCAACAGUUAGUAACAGUUAAUAAUAGUUUAUUCAGUAUUUCAUACAGGUUAACUAGGAUCAAACACGUGGUCUAUUCUACAAAAAUUAUUUAAUUUUAUAACAACAGACAACUAAAAAUAUGUCGUUUCGUAGCCGUGGUGGUGGAGGAGGAUUUGGUAGAGGCGGUGGAGGAUUUGGUAGAGGAGGUGGAGGAUUUCGUGGAGGUAGAGGCGGACGUGGGGGAGGUGGAGACAGAGGUUCAAGAGGAUUUGAUCAAGGUCCUCCUGAAAUGGUAACUCCACUAGGUCAUUUUACAUGGACUGUUCAAGAUGAUCUUGUUGCUAAAGUGGAUAUUGAACAAGUUCCCUUUUUUAAUGCACCUAUAUAUACAGAAAAUAAACAACAAAUAGGAAAAAUAGAUGAAAUAUUCGGUAAUAUUAGAGAUUAUUAUGUAUCAAUAAGAUUAUCAGAAAACAUUAAAGCAUCCAGUUUUGUGAAGGAUACUCCGCUGUUCAUAGAUCCAGCAAAAUUAUUACCUUUGCAAAGGUUUUUACCAAAACCUCCAGGUGAAAAAAGAAAAGGUGGUGGUAGUGGACGUGGAAUAAAUAAAGGGUCUCGUGGACGUGGUGGUAGAGGUGGUGGGGGAGGAAGAGGUUCGUUUAGUAGAGGUGGUGGUGGUAGAGGAGGAUUUAGAGGAUCACGUGGUGGUGGUGGCGGAUUUGGACGUGAUUUUAAUAGAGGACGUGGUAGAGGAAAAUGGUAGAUUGUAAGAGAUUUUGAUAAAGAGGCUGAAAUAAAGACAGUAUAACAUUGAUUUUGAUAUAAGAAAUGUAUUUGAAUAAUCUAAAAACAAACAUACAAGAGCAUUUAAAACUUUAAAUAUAAUUAUUAUUCACAUU